AAACUUUUUGAUUUACGACACCUAUAAUUAGAACACGCCCCAAGAUAACAUCGACGUCUCUUCCAGCACAUCUGCGACCCUUUUUGUAACAUCUUGCUUGGGACAACUACCCAUCGCGGCCUUUCAAUUGCUCUUUGAGCGCCGUCGGCUUCGAUACCAUAGUACUGAACGCGUGGCUUCUGCAGCUCAAUCAUCAUGGCGCAAUACGUCCUCGACCUCAUCUAUACCCUCACAAAUUGCAUGUCAUGCUUCCCCGGGUCGCCGACACUCAAGAUCAACAGCAGGAGCUUCAAGAUCCUCCGGCUGCUUGGAGAGGGCGGCUUCUCCUAUGUCUACCUCGUCCAAGAUACAUCGAAUGAGGCGCUCUACGCCCUAAAAAAGAUCCGCUGCCCCUUCGGCCAAGAAUCCGUCGCGCAAGCAAUGAAGGAAGUCGAAGCCUACGGGCUCUUCACACCCCACCAGAACAUCAUCCAUGCCAUCGACCACUCCAUCUCAGCCGACCGCUCCGACCCGAGCGCGAAGACAGUAUACAUCCUGCUACCCUACUACCGGCGCGGCAACCUGCAGGACCUCAUCAAUGCCAACCUGGUCAACCACGCCAAGUUCCCGGAGAAGAAGCUCAUGGUCCUGUUCCUGGGCGUGUGCAGAGCGCUUAAGGCCAUGCACGAGUAUAAAGUUGGAGUGAAGGGCGCGGUAAAGGCGAAGAGGUUACUCGCUGAAGCGGCGGAGGCGGACGAAGAUGCGGCUCAGGCGGCGGGAGGGGGGCGGAGGAGAGGCAGGGGCGAAGAGUCGGAUCGCGAGCAGCAUGAGCCAUUGAUGGACGAUGAGGUGACACAGAGCCAGGAGGGUGUUGCGCCCGGUGGUGCCCGCGCAUACGCACAUCGGGAUAUUAAGCCAGGAAAUAUCAUGAUCGACGACGACGGCACACAGCCUAUCCUCAUGGAUCUUGGCUCCCUUCAACCCUCACCCACACCUGUCACAUCUCGCUCCCUAGCCCUCGCCAUCCAAGACCAAGCAGCCGAGCACUCAACCAUGCCAUACCGUGCGCCCGAGCUCUUCGACGUCAAGACCGGCUCGACAAUCGACACUAAGGUCGACAUCUGGUCGCUGGGCUGCACGCUGUACGCGUGUCUCGUGGGCAAGUCACCAUUCGAGAUGCGCUCCGACGAGACGGGCGGUAGUCUGAGUAUCUGCGUGUUGAGCGGGGACUGGCGCUUCCCCGACGAGGGGGCCGGUGGCCAGAAGAAGGGGAAGAAUCAGGCGGGGCAGGAGGAGGAUACUGGGAUCAAUGAUGGCAUUCGCGAGGUGGUGAGGGCGUGCUUGAAGGUUGAGCCGGGGGAGAGGCCGGAUGUGGAGCAGUUAAUGGAGAUGGUGGAGAGAGUUAUUGAGGACUUACCUGAGGAUGGGGCGACGAUCUGAGAGGGGUG